GCUAUGCCAUUACAAGCCUAUUCCGUGGGCCCACACUAAACACUUGUUUGGUUCAAUGGAAUGCCCUAUUACGGGCUUAUUCCAUUACGCUCCUAUGCAAAGAAAUUGUCUUAUUUCUAUUCCGUUUCAUCAGCACCGAUUACUGAUUCGGUGUUUAAGGAAACGCUCAAUACAAAGACGCUCCCCACUUUGCCCUCUCCCCUUCUCCCACUUUCUCACUUGAAAAAAGCAUACGGACAAUCCUUCAUCGCAGGGUCAGCUUGCAAGCAAGGAAAAAAUGGAGAAAGAACGAGCAAGACUGGCAGUGCUGAUGAAUUGAAUAGAGGAUAUUUUGAUGAUAUGUCUGAGCUAAAACAACACGGUGGUAAGGAAUUUGGUCAAAAUUUGUUGUGAAGUUGAAGUAAAAACCAAGCUAUAUGCAUGCAUAAGCCUUGCCUGCACUGCUUUCAGAGGUUUUUAAAUGAUACAAGCUCUACUGGAUAGACUUGUUCCUUUGCUUCUUCAGCAACUAGUGCAAGAUUACAGCAAUUGGGUUCAACUCCAAAAGCAGCUGAUAAAUUAGCUUCUUUGUUCAUAUCAGCUAGUAAACUAGCAAAUGCAAGGCCGAGUAACUCAAUAAAUUUGAUAUUUCAGCAAAGAAGGCAUUGUUGAGAUUCAGCAGAAAAUGCAUUGUUGAGAUUUGCAAACUCAAUAAAUUUUGACAUAUUUGGUUAGAAAGAGUUAGAAUCUUUAUCGCAAUAUGGGUUAAGUUUUGACAUCAUUUUAUUAUGAUUUUGGAUUGUCCCCAAUUGGUCUCUUUGGAAAUAGAGGAGAUAUUGCAACUUGACAAGAUUCCGAGUGUUGAAUAAAUAGAAAUAAAAUGUUUGUGCC